UAUCUUGACCGACCUUCAGUAGACGCAACCAGCACCAAACUCCUCUUCUUUCCUUCUGCUCACUUUCUUGGACAAAAAAAAAAAAAAAAAAAAAAUGGAGUCUUCGUCAUCAGCUCUGUCAAGAUUAUCGAAUUUACAUAGGCACCUUCACCCUCCACAAUCAAACUCCAAGAUUCAAGAAGGGUUGCUGAAGCUAUCUCCAGAGGUUGCUGAAGCUCUUUCAUCUGGGCAUCCUGUUGUUGCUUUAGAAUCCACUAUUAUUUCUCACGGUAUGCCUUAUCCUAAAAACUUGAAAACAGCGAAGGAGGUGGAGGCAAUUGUGAGGGAGAAUGGAGCAGUUCCUGCCACCGUUGCCAUUUUGGAUGGUGUACCCUGCAUAGGUUUGAGUACAGGAGAGCUAGAGAGACUUGCUACUCUUGGAACUAAAGCACAAAAGACUGCUCGGAGAGACAUUGCACAUGUUGUGGCUAACAGAGGGAAUGGUGCUACUACUGUUUCCGCAACCAUGUUUUUUGCUUCCAUGGUUGGUAUCCAUGUUUUCGUAACUGGGGGAAUUGGGGGAGUACAUAGACAUGGUGAACAAACAAUGGAUAUAUCUUCUGAUCUUACAGAGCUUGGCAGGACUCCAGUUGCAGUAAUCUCUGCUGGAGUAAAAUCUAUAUUAGAUAUUCCCAGAACCCUAGAAUAUUUGGAGACUCAGGGCGUUUGUGUUGCUGCUUAUAAGACCAAUGAGUUUCCGGCAUUUUUCACAGAGAGAAGUGGCUGCAAGGUACAUUGUCGUGUUGACACCCCAGAUGACUGUGCUCGGCUAAUAGAUGCGAACUUGAAACUUAAGCUUGGAUCUGGAAUUCUAAUUGCAGUUCCAAUCCCCAAGGAACACUCAGCUUCUGGAGGCUUAAUCGAGUCUUCUAUACAAAUUGCCCUUAGAGAAGCUAGGGACAAGAAUAUAACUGGCAAUGCUGAAACUCCAUUCUUGCUUGCAAAAGUGAACGAACUCACUGGAGGAGCCUCACUGGCAUCUAACAUUGCACUUGUGAAGAAUAAUGCACUUGUUGGUGCUAAGAUUGCAGUAGCCCUUGCUCAGCUAAAAGAACAUUCUAAUAGAGGAGAUGCUGAGUGAACCCCAUGCUCUCGAAAUUGGCCUCAUGUGGCAACCAAUCAUCUUUGCAAAUUGGAAAGUCGGACUCCUCCUUCACUAACGCAUGCACAUGGUGUCACAUCAGGUGAUCAAAGUUGAAAGCUGAUUGAGAACUUACAGCUAGGACUUUUUAGGUCAGUUGCUAUUUAAGUCCCAGGAUGCUUUUGGUAGGGGGUUUAAGGAGGUUAAAAUUUAACCUUGGAGGGGGAGGGGUGGAAGUUUUUUAGGGACGAGGGGUUUGUACCUUUCAUAGGAAUCCUGAGGAAAAAUGCAUUAUUUACUUGGGGCUUUCCUGAAAGCAGGAAUCUAUUGUCUUUUCUA